UGGAGUGCCAGCCUGCAGCUUGCACCCUGCUCCCUGGGCAGCUGCCCAGCGAGUGCUCCGAGGCUGGCACUCUACCAAAGGACUUGCUUUGGCAGCCUGCAUGAUCCAAAAGAAAGGGGUGUCCCCAUGGAGGGGGCCGACCAGGAGCCAGCUGCGCGGCCCCUGCAGGGCUCCCCCCCGGGGGAGAAGCCCUUCCCUUUUCCAGCAUGGGAGGAGAGCUCCGGGGAUGAGAACGGCCUGGUCAUCCACAGCCAGGUGGAAGAGGAGCAACACAGGUGCGCCGUGUGUGGGGAGAGCUUCGGCCAGCCGCUGGGCCUCCUGCGCCACCAGAAGCAGCAGCACGCCGGGGAGCGGGCGUUCGUGUGCCCCGAGUGCGGCCGGGGCUUCAGCCUCAAGCACAACCUCAUCAUCCACCAGCGCAUCCACACCGGCGAGAAGCCCUUUGGCUGCGGCAUCUGCGGGAAGCGCUUCAGCCUCAAGCAGAACCUCCUCACUCACCAGCGGGUGCACGGUGUCCCCGCUGGGCGGCCUUUCUCCUGCCCCGCCUGUGGGAAGAGCUUCCGCGAGGAGCGCCUCCUCCUGGCCCACCAGAAGAGGGACUGUGGCUCGGCCGGAGGGCGGGGGCCGGAGCGGGGGCCGGGGGGCCCCGAGGGCCAGCAGGCACACAUCCCGGGCGGUGAGGGCGAGCCGGGUUUGGCGCAGAGGCCGCUGCGGGUCAAGCCCCAGGAGAAGCCCCCCCAGAACAGAGCUGCUUUUGCCUGCCGGGGGUCUGGGGAGCCCUUGGGGGGCAGAAGUGGCCUCUCCAGCCCUCAGAGGACCCGGCGAGCCAAGGAGGAGGGCCAGCGGGGCUUUGGGCGGGAGGAGGCCCCAAAGGGCCCAAAGCGGAGGCUCCGCGCAGGAGAGCCCCCCUUCCGGUGCCUGACAUGUGGGAAGAACUUUUCUCAGAGGGGCAACCUGGCUGCCCAUCGGAGGAGCCACCCGGAGCAGGACACCCUCAGCUGAAGCCGGGUGAGAGGAUGUGCCAGGGGGCAGAGCGCCAAGAAGGGGAGGCGAUUGGAGCAGGAGGCCGGCAGCGUGGGUGCAGGGCAGCGGGCUUGCGAGGGGCCGGGACCCAGCCACCAGGGAGAACAUGGAGCCCCCCCAAACUUGGGUUCCACGGUCUGUGCAAUCUGUUGCCGGAGGAACGUGCCGGAAAAGAUCCCUUCAGGUCCUCCACCUUUCCACGGAUCGCAACCUCAAACUGAAACGAAGCUGGAAGAUGCAGGGUGCUUUCCAUGUAUGGUUUUCUCCCGCUCUGUACGCUCUCCCUCCUUUUCAGGCAAUUUAUCCACCCUCCCUUUGGUCCUGGAGCAAGUCCUGUCAUUUUGUGUUCCGGUUUUUCCCCUUUCUGAUUGAAAGCGUGGUCCUUUCUCCCAGUUCUGCAGAGCACCGGCAGCCGCGGAAUUGUGCCGCCUGCCUGGCUGCCAUCCUGGCGAGGGGGAGCGGGGCCAGAGCUGGGCC